AGCUCGUGUGGGACAUGAAGCGCCACAACGUGCCGCAGACGCCGAUUUUGCGCACGCACCUCCUUCACGUUUACGCCCGGGCCCAAGUCAAGGCCGUUGUGCGCCUCGCACGCUCCAACAUUGCGCCGCCCGAAGCCGUCAACCCAAUCAUCCAGGAGCGCACUGAGUUUGAUGACGAGGGCAAAGUCAUCGACCUCGACCGGCCAGGCCGCCAAGACGUCUACUCGGACGACAACAUGGGCUACGACGAGGACGACUGGGAGGGCGAAGAGGACCUCGACUGGGACGAAAGCGGUGAAGUAGGAUCCGUCGAGCGCGUCCGCGGCCUCACGCCAACCGAGCGCGACGAACUUGAGCGCUACCUUCGGCCCCACCGCACCAAGGCUCAAGAAGAGGCGGACGAGGCGGAUGCACUCCUUGCCAUGGACCCGGACGACGUAAUGCGCGACAUGGACCCGCUGAAGUACAACCCUGUGGACCUGGACAAUUUUACGUCGUUCCAGGAAGACAAUAUCGCUACGGCCCAGCGCAUCUAUGACGACGCGCUCGAGGCCAAUGGGCCCUCCACUGAGCUUCUCAAUGCCGCGCUUAGCGUGCUCACGAACGCCCUGCGCAUCCAGCGCGCGCUCGACUUUGUCGCUACCGAGUUUCCCAAGCACGACCUCGCGCCGGACGCACUCACGUACAGAAGCCUCAUGCGCAUGUUUUUGCGCGCCAAGCGCAUCAAGCGCGCCGAGGCGCUCAUCGGCGAGGCAAAGGCCGCUGGCGUCGCACCUGAUGCCGACUUUUACGGAUACCUCGUCGACUACUAUGCCCGGCAGAACCGUCUGCGUAGCGCGCUCUCGACGCUCGAAGAGAUGGACCGUCUUGGCCUGAACCUACACCCCAAACUCGCGUACAACCUGCGCAAACUCACGCAAAAGUACCGCGUGUACACUGAGCUGCUUGACGAAGACCCCAACGCGAUUCACGCCAUGAGCCACCAUGGGCUCAUGACCAUGCGCAAGGAGCGCGCGCGCCAGAUAGCGGCCAACCGCGCUGCGGGCCGCAAGUUCUUCAUUCCGCGCCGCUCCGACGUUUAAAGAUAUGUAUAGAUUACGUAGAGAAUGAUGAUAUAAUGCACAAGCGAUUCAACAAGCACGCUCGUUGGUGUCGCAGCAGUUGUGGC